AUAUGGGAAAAUUGACGCUCUACGGCAUUGAUGGCAGCGCACCAGUUCGCUCCGUUCUGCUCACACUAGGAGCCCUCAAUGUGCCAUACGAGUACAAAAUCGUCAAUCUGUUUGCGAAGGAGCAUCUAAAGCCAGAAUUUUUGAAGAAGAAUCCUCAGCACACACUGCCGACUUUAGAUGAUGAUGGUUUCCUUAUCUGGGACUCACAUGCCAUCAACGCCUAUUUGGCCAGCAAGUAUGGCAAAACGGACACCCUGUAUCCCAAGGACCUUCAACAGCGCGCUAUUGUAGAUCAACGACUCCACUAUGACUCCAGUGUAGUGUUCCCCGCCAUCCGCACUGUAGUCUUUCCACUAUUUUUCCAGAAUGAUACGAAAAUUCCGAAGGCAAGAAUCGAUGCCAUUGCAGAGAUCUACAGCACACUGGAACUAUUCCUGAAGAACCACUCGCAUAUAGCUGGCAAUAAUCUGACCAUUGCCGAUCUCCACUUCAUUGCUGCAAUCUCAACUGCUACGGCCUUCCUUGAAAUCGAUCGGGCUCAAUACCCAAAGCUUGCAGCCUGGUUGGAACUGGCUAAGUCCCUACCGUACUAUGCGGAGGCCAAUGGCAAAGGUCUCCAACAAUUUACUGACCUAGUCAAGUCGAAAAACUUUACAAUUGUUUAAGGCUAUUGUGAAUGAAUAAAUAAAUGGAUUUUAAAUUGGAUAAAUAA